GGCCGUUCAAGGCGCUGUUGCGCUGCUGUUGUGCUGGCGCAAAGCAAAUGAGUCUCAAAUAGCCAUGAUCUCAUUGGCUAACCUGGCCGCCGGUAACUAACGGGGGGGCGUUCCAUCCAUCAUCACUUCAGCCUCUGUCCAGUGCAAUUACAGCUUUUUUCUAAUGUCUGAUCAUUGGUUCCCUUGUGUCCGUCAUGUUCCUAUAUAAGCUCCCUUGCUCCCAUAAUUUCUUUACUGCAUUCAUCGUUCACCCAUUACCCAGCCAUGACCUCAACUCACCAGGUGUCUACCAGUGCUACCACAACCGCGGUUCCCCUACCUGGCAGAGAUGCUGGUUCUGAGAACAAACCACAACCAGUUUGGUCACUGGAAUCAAAUAGAAGCUCAAGUCCACCACUCUCCGAAAAAUGCGAUAAAUUUGGCCGCCAAGAUGGUAUCUGUUGCAAGGAGCUCAAGAACGAAGAUGAUAGAAUGUUGAUAGAUCCUGAUGUUAUCCGCGACAUUAUCAUUGGGUUGUCGGAUGGCUUGACUGUUCCCUUCGCGCUGACAGCUGGUCUGUCUGGCUUAGGGACUUCAAGAAUUGUUGUUGUCGGUGGCCUUGCAGAAAUCAUUGCUGGUGCCAUAUCCAUGGGAAUAGGUGGUUUCCUUGCCUCCAAGGCUGAACGGGACCAUUUCCGGUUCUUGCGACGAAGCACGUACUCACGGGUGAUGCGGAGUUGCGUUGGAGAAAUGGAGAGAGAGGUACACGAUGUCUUGGGUCCCAUCGGUGUCGAUGAACCGACCUCCCAGGCUGUCACGAAUUGCCUGCGGAGGGCGGAGGAUGAAUCUGGGUUUGACGCAAGUACAUCCGCACCUACCGAUGCGGAGAAAUCAUCACUGGGGAUGAAGAGCGAGGUUGGGCUAUCAGCUUUCUUACUCAAAUUUGGAGAGGGGCUAGAGGAUAUUCCGACUCGCAGACUAUACCUGUCCGCAUUCACUAUCGGCAUGUCAUACCUCGUUGGCGGCAUCAUCCCCCUUAUCCCAUAUUUCUUCCUUGCUCAAGCACUUGAUGCAUUGAAAAUUUCUUGCAUAAUUACUGGGAUAGUUCUUCUCAUAUUUGGUGCCGUCAAAUCACGAGUUACGGGAGCAGCGAGGAGUAUCUUGGGAUACAUUUGGGGAGCAAUCAGUACGAUGGCUGUUGGCGGAUUCGCUGCCGCUGCAGCCUACGGGUUGGUUAUCGCAGUGGAAAGAUCAUCUAUAUCAUAGGCACUAAUGUUUUCUCUGUUAAUUCUGUGGUCUUAUGGUCUCUCGUGUACCGAUUAGAUAAUCUGUUAGAUUAGUACGUAGUUUAUUGUUUUCCGAUUUUGCAUGCAAUAACUAGUACAUAAAAUGUACACUUGACGUUU